CCAGCUAGAAUUGAGCCAUACUCCAUAAUCCGCAUUCCGUAGUCGUCCCGUCGUUCUCGUAUUAGGUAGACCUGCGGAGUACGGAGUAGUGGACUGCACCCCCAUCGUCAGUAGUCAAUCGCGCUGCAACCGCACCUGCAGCUCGCUUCACCCUUCUCCCAGACAGGCAAUUGACAUUCUCAGGUCUCCUGCAGCGUCGUGGCAGGACACGGGAGGAAUCCCACGCCAGCCGCGGAAUACCAACUAGACACGUUUGCCCUGGAUUCUACGGUGCCACGUUCAAGUGCAUGACGUCCACCGCAAAGUAUCAAUGCCAGAAGCAAAUGAGGCAACUGGCACUGGCACGACGAUUGGCAAGGUGAAUGCACUCUCGGAUGAGACCCGACUUUCAACUGCAGUCUGCCCCGAGUCCGAGUCGGGAUACUCUACGACUACGCACUACGGAGAAUUCUGGAGAUAUCCCCUCGGGGUAGAAGCACUAAGCACAAGCACUAGCGGUGGCAAGCACCUAUCUCGGUCUGUAGACUUUGUAAACGAUAUGGAGUAUGGAGUAUGGAGAAGAGAGACAUGCUCCAUCGCAUUAGACUUAAAAUGAUGACCGGUCUGGAGGUUUACAUAAUUGGGGGACUUAAGUCAAUGGCGGGUGUUACAGCAGGAGAAAGUACAGCUUCAACAAGCAAAAAAAAAGGACUGGCAACUAUCAACAAACAAUCGGCAUCAUCAUCCUCCAAAAUGAUAAUCAAGGUGAAGAAUAUCGCCCGAGAGUUUUCCCAUGUCAUUUCGGCAUGGCGACUCUGACAUCGGUAGGAAUUGAAGGUAUCGGCCUACACGGCACCGCGGGAAUCGGCACGUCAAACAUAGUCAAUUGCGGGAUAAAUGAUUGGUUUGGCACUACGCAACUGAAUCCCUGAGUGAGGCGAACCGUUCUU